AUGUUUUGUGUUACCUGCAGAUUAAAGAAGAAUCGGUUGGUGGGAACGAAGCUGUUUGCUGGAGAGCCAUUGAGUGGGGGUAGAUAUUACGGGGCUCAAACAAACCUGCGCGUAUAUGGGCAAGCGGCGCGGUGCAUCGGGGGCUACGCGCGCGUCGUCACGAUGGCGACUCAACUGUUGAGCGAGCAGCCGAACGCCCUGCUGCUCAACGGGGGCCACAACACGCACGGCACCGUCUGGGACACCGUCCACGGCCACGAGGUCGCCGCCGAGCUGCUCAACCGCCUGCCCUGGGACGCCUUCACGCUGGGGCCGCGCGACUUCGACCAGGGGCCGGAGGGCGUGGCGCCGCUGGCCAAGGCGCUCAAGGCCCCGGUCGUCGUGGCCAACAUGGACGCGUCCAAGGAGCCGGCGAUGGAGGGCGUGACGCAGGCGUCGGUGGUGGCGGAGCGCGGCGGCCGCAAGGUGGGCGUCGUGGGCGCCGUCAACCCGGACUGCGAGAAGCUGAAGGACGCGGGCGUGGAGAUCAUCGUGGUGCUGUCGAGCGCGGGCAUCGACGCGGACGAGGAGAUGGCCAAGUCGGACCCCAACGUCGACAUCGUCGUCAGCAGCGGGCGCAUCCUUCUGUACAACGGCACGCCCCCUGACGGCUCCACGCCGUACGACCAGUAUCCCAUGAUGUUCGAGCAGCCGUCCGGCCGCAAGGUAGCUGUGGUGCAAGCUGGUCACGACUCGAAGUACUUGGGCAAUUUGACCGCCUUCUUUGACGACGCCGGGAACUUGGAGUCGGCUGUGGGAAAUCCUGUGUAUUUGGACCGAUCAACGGCGGCGGCGCUGGAGCCGCUGGCGAAGGCGGUGGCGGCGGCGGCGGAGUCGGUGGUGGGGCGGUCGGCCGUGCUGCUGGAGCAGGCCAACGACGUCUGCCAGGAGGGCGAGUGCAACCUGGGCUCGUUCGUGGCGGACGCCUACGUGCGCGCCUACGCAGGCCGGGGGCUGCCUGGCUGCUGGACGCUCGCGGCCAUCGGCAUCACCAACUCCGGCGGCCUGCGCGCGCCCAUCCAGCAGGGCGACGUGACGCUGGGCGACGUGAUGCGCACGUUGCCGCACGGCAACACCGUCUCGCUGGCGGAGGUGCGCGGGGAGCUGCUGCGGGCCGCGCUGGAGCAGGCCGUGUCGCCCGUGCCCCCGCCGGGCCCGCGCCCGCGCCCGCGCCGGCCCUCGCGCCCGCGCCGUCGCUCGCUGCAGGUGUCGGGGCUGCGCGUCACGUACGACCUGCGGCGGCCGGCCGGCCAGCGCCUCGGUGACGUGGCCGCGCUCUGCCACCGCUGCCAAGUGCCCAGGUACGAGCCCCUGCAGCCCGACGCGUGGUACCCGGUGGCCAUCAACAGCUACCUGCUGCGCGGGGGCGACGGCUUCGACGUGUUCACGCAGAGCCGCGUGGUGGACGAGGGCCCGCACGACCUCUCCGUCGUCAUGCGCUAUCUGCAGAAGCAGAGCCCGGUGGUGCAGCCGCGCGACGGCCGGAUAACCGUCGAAGGUUUCUUCAGCGAUCCCGCCGAGAACCCUGACGAAGGUGAAACAGCACCAAAUGUUGAAGUCAAAAUCUCACGCGGAAAGAUUCGAUACGGAAGAUUGGACAAGAACAUAAAAGUGGAGAUUCCACAAGAUGUGCUUCCAGAUUUGCUUCUACAAUAAAUAGCUAAUGGAAACUAAAGGUAAUAUUGAAGAGAUAGAGCUUAUCUUUCCUGAAGACAUUUCGAGAUUACUGCACGAAGCACUACAAAUAUAUCUACGUAAUCGACAAUAAACCUAAUUAUUUAAUUAAUAUUUUUAUUUUCCAUAACAGAUUAACAAAGUGUUGUAUUUUAAUUCUGUUUAGCGUAAAUGGAGAAAUGAAACAGUUGACAUUUAAGUUUCUAAUCUGAUGAGCUUCACAGGACCCGCGCAAUUAAGGUUGUAAAAUAUUUGUAUCAAUCUGUCUUAAACAUAUUGGAUUAUUAAAUUGUUUGUUGUAAUCGUGCAUUGCAUUUCACUGAUUAAUUCAAUAGUUUUCAUUGCUUUCUUGUCGCAAGGCAAUGAGUGAAAUCAACAAUUCACUACUGACAAUAUUGGACGAAAACCAUUUUUGUGUGACUAUAUAUUUGAGCAUAGUAAGAAUAAACCGUACGGGUGAACCAGGUAACAAAGCAAUGCUAUCAGCAUUUCGUGUUUCUUGUUUGCGACUUACCGUGGUGUUUAAGUUUUUUAACUACAUAUCAUACCUAAUCUACCCUAACCCAAUUGUGAAUAUAUUUCAGUACAAAUAAAAGUUAACCAG